AUGACAUCGGAGGAGCACCCCUCGUAUGCGUCCUCAAAUGGCAUCACCACCAUCGGCUCCGAUGAACAUCUUGAUCCCUCGCCAUCACCUUCGACGUCCUUCGACUCUCCUUCUGAAUCUGAUGACUCCGCCGCCUCCUUGCUGCUCUCGGACGACUCUUCAGAGUCCGAGCCCAUCAUUUUCAAGAAACCCCACCCACCCGUGCGCUCGUGGCUGGCCUCCGAUGAGAUCGUGAUCCUCAAGACCGUCGUGUCGCACCGGCAGAAGCACGGGCGACUUCCCCUGGCAGACAACCUCGCCACCGCGGUGUGGGGCCGCCUCAGCGUGGGGGACCGCCUCAGUGCCGCGCAGAUCACCAGGCGGUUGUGCGUGUUCCGCAACCGGUAUGACGACGCCGUUAUCUGCCUCAAACACGGCACAAUCCCGAUGAAGGACAGUGAUGUCACCAUCUACAUGCUCUCCAAGCUCAUCUGGGAGGGCACGCGUAGGGGGAGGAUAGAGAAGAAGACCCAUGUGCCCGACGCGCGCAAUGACCCAAGAGGGUUCGACGAGCUAGCCGAGCUGUACGCUUGCCUCUCCGCAGAGGUAGAGGUGAUUGGUGCGAGGUUUUGUUGGACUGCAUGGAAGGGGCGGAGGAAGUGGGCGACGUGCGGAGGAAGCAGACUGCAUGAUAGGGGCGAAGGAAGCGUGGGCCGUGGGAGAGCAGGGGCACAAGGGUAG